AUGAAGUCAACGGAAGUGGAGCAGGGCCUUUUCACGGACACCUACUGCAAAGUGUGCAGUGCGCAGCUCAUCUCCGAGUCUCAGAGAGUGGCACACUACGAGAGUCGAAAACAUGCGAAUAAAGUGCGUCUCUACUACAUGCUGCACCCAGUGGAUGGAGGCUGCCCAGCCAAGAAACUACGGACACACAAUGGCAGCGAGGAAGGAGAUGUGGACAAGAAUAAGUGCUGCACGUUGUGUAACAUGUCCUUCACCUCAGCUGUGGUUGCCCAGUCGCACUAUCAGGGCAAGAUCCACGCUAAGAGACUCAAACUAGUGCUGGGAGAGCAGCCUGUUCUAAGAACUACGAAGAAGCCAAAAGCGCCUAUCGUUCCAGUUAAAAUGCCAUCUGAAAGCUGGCCACAGCUGAACGGGGACUCGGAUCGCUACUGCCAGCUGUGCCACGCUUGGUUCAACAACCCAGGCAUGGCACGACAACACUAUGAUGGCAAGAAGCACAAGAAGAACGCAGCACGCGCAGACCUGCUGGAACAGCUCGGCAAGACGCUGGAUAUGGGUGAAAUGAAAGGUCUGAAGCGCAGCUACACUUGCGACGUGUGCAGCGUGACACUCAACUCGGUGGCACAAUACCAUGCACAUCUGCAGGGCUCCAAACACCAAAACAACUUAAAGAAUCAGUGAUGUGUCCAGUAAAGC